AAACGUCACAUUUAUUUUGGUUCAAGUCAAUCGUGUUCUCUUGAAAGGUAUCAAGUAGUGUUCUCCAAUUUUUGAUUGGAAAUUAAAUGAGAAUAGCGAUUGAUUUUCCAAAACUGGGUGAACUGUAGCAGAAGGGCAUUUACAAGAACGGAUUCAUUGGAAGUCAAUCAAUUACAAUGGCUAAACGAGUUUUGAAUGUUGGAAAUCCAUACAAAUUCAUUCCGCCGAGUAUUUUCGAUACGGGUCUCGCAUCCAAGCUACCGAAAGCCUAUCAAAAAUUCUACUAUGAGUGGCAAGAAGUGCCGACACCCGUUCACUAUAUUCCAAAGGCCGGAAAGUAUGUGCGCAACGAUGCGACUGGCGAAGUGAAACCCGUUCAAAAUGUACCGAUCCCACUGAGAUAUCCACACGAAUUUGAUAAGUGCCUGUUGGGUGGAGAGGCUAUUGUUAAGGGAUACUACAAAAGUAAACCGACCGUACGAAGAUUCCCACAUUUCUGGGUGCCAACACUUAAACGGACCGCUGUCUAUAGUGAAAUUUUGAACCAACAUAUGGACGUUCUUGCUACAGACCGUGUCAUACAGCUCAUUCACCACUACAAAGGAUUCGACGAAUAUAUUAUGCAGGUGAUUCAGUCAAUAAAAUGA